AUGUGUCUCGUCAAGGUCAAGCAAGAAGAAGACGUCGUAGUCCCCUACCGAGUGGUCUCGCGGCACAACCACUCUCCGCCCCGCCGUCGCGCGUCGCGACACUCAACGACGCGCUACUCGCGCGAAGUGGUGCGCCACGAGUCCCCGCGGCCGUCGGCAUCCUACAUAGCAGUGCCCACGCCGCAGCCAAAGCCGCUGGCGAUCCCGCCGCCGCAGCCUGUGCCCGUGUUCUUCGAGCCGCCGCCAGCACCGAUGCCCGUGCCUGCUCCGCAGCCGCCGCCCAGCCACAUCAGCAGCCGCCACAGCCACCACGGCGCGGCGCACUAUGUUGAGGUUAGUCCGCGCUCGAGCUACAGCUCGCGCUCGUCGAGCCCGAAUCGCAGCGAGUACGUGUACAGGGAGCGCGAGGUCAGGCGCGAGCGGGCGUACAGUCCCGAGCGGGCGCCGCAGUACGAGCACUACCGGUACGUGGAUCCGGUGAGGAGCGAGAGCAGCUUUGGCGGAGGCGCGAGGCACGGCGGCAGGGAGCGGAGCAGGUCGCGGGUCAACGUGGGCUAUGGGCGGGAGCGGAGCAGGAGUCGGGGCAGCUACGUGGACGAGCGGACGAGGGUGACGAUUGUGGACGACGGCAGGCGGAGGAGGGACUACGGGCGGUGA